GUCCGAUGAGAGAGACUGACGGUGUCUGAUUGCGUUGUGUUGCAGGCGGAUGGUCAGUCAGGCAGCCAUGCGAGGCCAGCGUGUGGUGGAGAGCGAGUGUAGGUGCUGGAACCCGGCCGUCUGGCUCCUGGUGUCCCUGCUGGGAUCCCUCGUCUUGGUGGCCGUCAGUGUGCUGCGAAACGGAGACAUGAAAAUAAGCAGACGGGCUGUAAACACCAUUGGCGGGCAAACGCCCGUUGGGACGCAGCACCAAGUGCGACUGGUGAACAGAUACCCUGACCAAAACAGGUGUGAGGGAAGAGUGGAGGUGUUCUACAAUGACUCAUGGGGCACGGUGUGCGACGACGACUGGGACAUGGUGGACGCCAACGUGGUGUGUCGGCAGCUGAACUGCGGAGUGGCCGUGGCGGUGGGCAGCAGCUCUCGGUUUGGACAAGGCACAGGGCCCAUCCUGCUGGAUAACGUGGACUGCAAAGGAAGCGAGACAGACCUCAGCCAGUGCCGUACUCUAGACUGGGGCGUCCACAACUGUUACCACUACGAGGACGUGGGUGUUACCUGCAAAGAACCAGAGGUGGUGGGGGCAAAAGGCUUUGAUGAUCGCACCACACCGCCCUGGGAGAACUUCGGUUUACGAGAUGGCACCAUCCGUCUGAAGAGUGGGCAGAACGCCUGCCAGGGCCGGGUAGAGAUCUACCAUCAGGGAAAGUGGGGGACGGUGUGCGAUGAUGAGUGGGACUUCACCAAUGCCCAGGUGGUGUGCCAACAGAUAGGCUGUGGUAGUGCCGUCUACGCACACACCAACUCCUACUUUGGCUACGGAACCGGCCGGAUUCUCCUGGACAAUGUCCGCUGCAUUGGCAAUGAACAGGACCUGACCAGAUGCAAAAGCCUGGGCUGGGGCAAACACAACUGCGGUCAUCACGAGGACGCCGGGGUCACCUGCACUGGAUCCUCCACUAUAGCUCCCGUGGCAACAGAUUACCAGAGAGUGCGGAUUGGAACAUAUAACACUGAAGCAACAGAAGAAGUACCAGUCACCACAACAACAACAACUACAACGACGGUUACCAUACCUGCCCAGACAAAAGGCAAACUAGGCAUUCGUGUGAAGGACAAAGAUAGUAACAACACCUGCCAGGGUCGUGUAGAGGUCCUCUACUUGAACAUUUGGGGGACAGUGUGUGAUGAUGGCUGGGACAUGAGCAACGCCAUAGUGGUGUGCAGGCAGCUAGGCUGCGGCCCAGCUAUCGCGGCCAAGAACCAGGCCUACUUCGGCUACGGUUCGGGUCCGACCCUGCUGGAUAAUGUGGAAUGCAGCGGCGCUGAAUCGGAGCUGUCCGAGUGCUUCCACCUGGGCUGGGGUCAACACAACUGUGGCCAUCAUGAGGAUGCUGGAGUUAUCUGUGCACCUGCUGACUUCUACGGUGGACGUGACAUCAGAGUAACAGAAAACAUAACUGACGCCCCCAUCACCACCCCCCAACCCUCUGAAGGAAUGUUGAGACUGGUGGAUGGGCAGCACCAAUGCGAGGGUCGGGUGGAGAUGUUCUCAAAUUCUCGAUGGGGCACGGUGUGCGACGACGCUUGGGACCUCCCCGACGCUCAGGUUGUGUGUCGCCAACUGGGCUGCGGGGAGGCCACGGCGGCUCGGGGAGAAGCUUUCUUCGGGCCUGGCUCAGGGUUAAUCCUACUGGACAAUCUCAAGUGCAGUGGCGCGGAGGCCUCCCUGCAGGAGUGCUCCCAUAUAUCCUGGAACGUGCACAACUGCGACCACUCCGAAGAUGCUGGCGUCACCUGCUCGCUGUCGUGAUUUCAGCAGAACCACACUCCCAUCUCCACCAUGGGUAGGAGGUGGGCGUGCCAACCUGGGACUUGUAUACAUUAUGUAAAUAACAGCUUUCACUUUGCUGAAGGAAUAUUCCACCACCAACAACAUACAAAAUAACUAAUAUGACAAUAUAUGAUUACAUACUAUAAACUAUCUAUGCAUAUUAAGCACUUUAUAAAUAAAUAUAUAUAUGUCUCUUUUUUGCCCCAAAAUGUUAAAAAUAUUUACUGUACAUGUGAUUUGUUGAUGAUUAAGUAAGGAAUACUGGAAGAAGUCCCUCAAUUAUUAACUGUGCGGCUUAAAGGGGACAAUUUGUGGAUUUCAGCUCCUCAAUUCGCAAAUAGGUAUGAUAAAAAAAAUAUAAAUGGGAACAAAUUAUAUACAAAUCACAAGAAUGCAAGCUAACAGAAACACCCAUAAUACGUGUUAUAUCUUGUGAAUAUACAGCAUCUCCCCAUCUACAAGUGACGUGUUACUUGUGUCCUGUAAACCAUCAUAUAAAUAAAUGUAACUAAUAAUCAUUUA